UUUCAAUUUCACUUUUCCAGAACAACAGCCGCGUUUCGGGUGGUUCGAGAAGAUUCGGAGACACUCGUCAACCGGAGAAGAGGACCGAAUCAAAUAACGACACGUCACUAGUUCUCGCUCAGAUAAAUAUCAGAAAUAUCUAGAGAAGGCUAUAAAUACUCCUGGAUCCUUCUCGUCAGUAGAUAUUUUCAAUUUCUGAUAAAAGCUUAUCUUAGCCCAAAGGAGAAGACGCGAAAUAGUGAACAAGGAAGCGAUUCGUCUUGCGUAUCAUUUGAAUUUCAAUCAUCGAUCAAUAGGUUUUUUUGAUGCUUGUGGGACCAAAGAUGGCAGUGUACGAGCAUAAUAAAACUGAAUUUGAUACAACCAAGAAAAGGAAAACGAGAAGUAGGCGUGAUGGUACUACAGUGGCUGAUAGGAUCAAGAUGUGGAAAGAGUAUAACGACACUGUACAAGAGAGUCCAACCAAGAAACGGAAAGUUCCUGCGAAGGGGUCGAAGAAAGGGUGUAUGAAAGGCAAAGGAGGACCUGAGAACGGUGGGUGUAGUUUCAGGGGAGUUAGGCAACGGACUUGGGGUAAGUGGGUUGCUGAGAUUAGGGAGCCGAACAGAGGGAGCAGGCUUUGGCUUGGUACUUUCCCUACAGCUGAGAAAGCUGCGGCUGCUUAUGAUGAGGCGGCUAAGGCUAUGUAUGGUCCGCUUGCUCGUGUUAAUUUCCCUCAGGCUUCUGUUUCUGAUGUGGCGAGUACUUCGAGUCGGUCUGAGGUUUGUACGGUUGAGACUCCCGGAGUUGUUCAUGUGAAAACAGAGGAUGCGGAUUGUGAAUCGCCCAUGGCUCGUGUGGAGAAUGAUGUCCAUGAGGGUGCAGAAGAGAUGAAGAUGGAUGUUAAUGUACAUGCCGCUGUAGAUACUCCAAGCAAGGAUUGGUUGAGCGAGAUCGAACAGGAGUAUUGGACUGGGCUUCUGGAGGAGAAGCAGAAACAGAAGGAACAAGAGAUGGUUGCAGCAGGGAACUUUCAGAAACAGCCGGAUGCACUCUCUGUUUCAGAUUACGGUUGGCCUGCGGAUCUGUAUCAGAAUCAGUGGAACUCUUUGGAGAUGUUUGAUGUUUCUGAGCUUCUUGGUGAUCUAAAUGGCGACAUUUUUACAGACACGAAGCAGAGCCAAUGCCUGGGAGACAAUGUUGGAGGAGGUUUACCUGAACCCGAGAAGGAACAGCUGCAAAGCCUUGGCUCAAACUACAGAUUGUCUCCGUUGCAGCACGAGGCACAAGAUGGUAGUGACUUCUUCGAUCUGAGUUUCUUGGAUGUGAAGAACUGAGACAGUGGGGUGCAGUUGGAUGAUGUCUUUGGAUUUGUUUGAUUUGGCUUUAUCCCAGAUGACUGUUGAGACUCUUAUCUAAGUUUUUAGUGAUGUAGAGACCCUCUCAAAACUGAUAACUCCUAGAGAAUUGUAUAUACUGUGAGAUAUGUUCCAAAAAAAAAGAAAAGUAUAUACUGUGAGAUAAUGUUUCAUAUCCCUACUUAAUUUAAAAUAACAAUAUUAUCUUUUUUUGUCACAAAUAAUAAUAUUAUCGUACUGAAUGAAUUAAUGACUCAACUAAAAAUUAUUAAAAUAUGAGAAAUAAGCAAAAUUUCUUAAAAUUAUGGAGAUGAUGACAAAUAAGCAAAUUCACUUCUCAAAUAAUAGUAUAGAUAGAUAGAUAUUUUUAUUAAUUCUACAAUAUCGUUCCUAUUAAUUUCAGGACUUCAUACGAUUACUAUUUAAACAAACUUCACCAAUGUCAUUUUUAUAUACUCUCGACACAUACCAAAGCGUCAAUAAUGUUGUUUAUAACACAUUCACAUGACAAUAAUAUAAAAAUAUAACCCAAAUGUAAAAUUA